CAUGCAGUUUUAGCCGUGUUAGAACGAAAAGGGGGCCACUGGUUAACUCAGCAACGCAUGGCAAAAUACCAGGCCAUCCUAAUUGACAGCCCAGGGGUAAAGUGCGCAGUCUCCACCAGGCUAAACCCAGCUACGCUUCUGCCUGAUGAGAGUCCUCUUCUGCAUGAUUGCAUUGAAACCAUAGACAUGACUUACGCGGCCCGUGCAGACUUACAGGAUCAGCCAUUAGAAAACCCAGAGGUAGAAUUUUGGACAGAUGGGAGCAGCUAUAUGGUGGAGGGGAAGCGGUUUUCUGGUUUUGCAGUUGUCACCCAGAACUCAGUCAUAGAAGCCAGAACACUGCCCCCUACAUAUUCUGCACAGGCUGCGGAACUCAUGGCUGUAAUGCGAGCGCUGGUCCUGGCAACAGGCCAGCGGGCAAAUAUAUACACAGACUCCAGAUAUGCCUUUGGGGUUGCACAUGCGUUUGGGGAACUUUGGAAACAAAGGGGUUUACUAACCUCUAAAGGAUCAAAAAUCAAACAUGCCUCGCUUGUGCUGGGCCUUCUGGAGGCCAUAGACGGACCUAGCGAACUUGCAAUUGUACACUGCAAGGGACAUGCAGCAGGGGACUCCAUCCUGGCUCGGGGUAACAGAAGGGCAGACACCGCCGCAAAAGCAGCAGCAGGGGGAAAGCAGGUUUACUACACUACUAAGGAAGCUGUUGCAAAAGCCCUCAUUGAAAGGUUACAAAGACCUAGAAAAACUUUUUGGGAGGAAAUGGAGGAAAGGGAUGAGGAGUAUUUAGAAAGGGCAGCCUGGGCACAAGAGGUAUGGGAACACGAACAUGCUGCCAUAACAGGAGCCCUCAUCCCAGCAGUACAGGACUUAGACCCAAUAUACACACAAAAAGAAAACAAAUUCGCUGAAGGGAAUGGACUACACUCCAGGGAGGACGGAUGGUGGGAAACAGAGCAAGGAAAAAUCUUUGUGCCUGAAGGGCUGGUAUUUCAGAUCUUGAAGAACCUCCACACAGGCACCCACAUUGGGUGUCAGGGUCUGAUAAAUUGGUUUAAUCUAUAUUUUAUUGGAGCCAAAGUCAGAGCACAGGCAGAAGCAAUUACAAAAAACUGUGUUAUCUGCCAACGGACAAACGUUUCCUCCAACCGUCCUGUGGUUUGUGGGAAGGUAUUUAGGGGACAACACCCUGGCUCCAGCUGGCAGUGUGACUUCACUGAACUGCCUCGAGCUGCAGGAUACAGGUACCUCCUUGUGUUUGUAGAUACCAUGUCGGGCUGGCCCCUAGCCUACCCCUGCAGAACGUGCCAAGCCAAAGAGGUGGUCAAGGUACUCCUAAAGGACAUUGUCCCGGCCUAUGGGUUCCCGUGGGAGGGCAUAGGAUCCGACAAUGGCGCUGCCUUCAUGGCUCAGGUAGUACAGGAGGUCAGCAGAAUCCUCAGGAUCCCCUGGAAGCUUCACAGCUCCUGGCGGCCCCAAUCCUCUGGGAUGGUUGAGAGAAUGAACAGGUCCGUGAAGGUUUCUCUGACCAAGAUUAUGCAGGAGACCUCCUUAAAAUGGCCCGACGCUCUUCCCUUGGCCCUCUUGCGAGUAAGAACCAGCCCCCGAGGAAAAUGGAAACUCAGCCCUUUUGAAAUCAUGUAUGGGAGACCCUACCCUCUAUCCCGACCCAUCCUGGCUGACGAAGCCAGGGUAGGUGAUGCUUUAACUGUCGAAUAUAUUUCUUGCCUAGCUGCCUCAGUCUCACAGCUGCACCGUGACCUGAACGAAAUCCGACCAGAAGGACUGACUGCCCCGCUGCAUCCUUUCGUGCCGGGAGACUGGGUCUACAUCAAAGGCUACAAGAAGGAGCCUCUCAUUCCGGUGUGGAAGGGCCCCUUCCAAGUCCUCCUUGCCACUCAAGCUUCGGUGAAAGUCGGAGGGGUAAAGACCUGGGUCCAUCACACUCGCCUGAAACACGCUGACGCACCACCCCUUGUGGAAGCUAGAGAAACAGCGGCUCGUGACGAGGACAUCUGGUCGGCUGAAUUGGGAUCUGAUUUGCGCAUGCUUUUCCGCAGAAAGCCAGCCCACUGUGAAACACCCCCUCCGGCACCUGAAGCUGAAGAGGACGAAACUGACGCAGCCCUAACCUUGCCGGAAAACGAACACAUCUAAACUACCUGUUGGAGUAUU